AUGUCUGACCGCGCGACCAACCAACCCGAGUCCGCCGGGAGCAACCCAUUUAGCCUGCCGGACAAAGUUGGGCAGUACCCUCGCUCUGGGGGCCAGCAGCAGCCCAAGGCCAUGGACAAGGAAGGGUCCAUUGGAAAGCAGUUUACGGAUAAGUGUUCCCCUCCCUUAUUUUCCCCUAGGAUAUGCACGUCGGUCGAACCUGCGCUAGCGCGCUCCGAGGAACUAGUACGCCAGCUGAGUGGCAUGUUUGAUAAGGAGGGAGCCGUGGGGAAGCAGUUCACCACGGAAGGCGACAUUGGCGGGAAGAUUCAGGAGAGCAUGGGAGGGACGAAGAAAACUUAG